AUGGUCCUCUCCCAACCCCCGAAUCAGCAUGUCACCAAGGCCUUUGACCUGACCGGCAAAGUCGCCGCCGUUACUGGAGGGGCUCGCGGUAUAGGCCUUGAGGUCUCUCGUGGCCUAGCAGAGGCUGGUGCCAAUGUGGCUAUCAUUUAUAACUCUUCCCCCACUGCGAUUGAGACGGCCGCAGAAAUCGCAGCGGCAAACAACGUUACAGCCCGCGCCUACAGAGCGAAUGUAACUGACCAAGCAGAGAUCGAGAAAACAGUUCAGCAGAUCAAGAAAGACUUUGGACAUCUGGACAUCAUCGUUGUCAACUCUGGUAUUACCUCCAAUAUUCCAGCAGAGGAUUACAGUGUCGAGGAAUGGCGGAAGAUCAUGGGCGUCAACCUCGAUGGCGCCUUCUACUCUGCCCAGGCUGCAGCGAAGAUUUUCAAGGAACAAGGUCGGGGCAAUGUGAUAUUCACUGCGUCUUACAACGCAUCCAAGGCGGCCGUGGUCCAACUAGCACGAUGCCUGUCUGUAGAAUGGGUCGACUUCUGUCGCGUCAAUUGCAUCUCGCCGGGCUUCAUCGAGACAGAGAUACUCGAUGCUCAUCCGCAGGAAUGGAGAGCGAAGUGGCACAGCAUGAUUCCAGCGCAGCGGAUGGCACAGGCUUAUGAGCUGAAGGGAGCGUAUGUCUUUUGUGCGUCGGACGCCUCGAGUUACAUGACCGGCGCGGAUAUUGUGAUCGAUGGUGGAUACACCCUUCCCUAGGUUGUCCCGUCGAGAACCCAACCAACGUAUUUCUGGCCCUGCGUUAAAUAGCGUAUUGCUAGGGAAAAUUCUUGCUUGAGACAAAACAGAUACAUUGUUAGAUCUGGUAUUGGGUCAACUUGCAUCUAAAACGCAAUUGAUCGACUUAAAUGUCCG